AUGUUGUUGAACUGUGCGCGGCAAAAACAGCGACAAUUUCGAAGCAUCGUCUCAACAUUUUGGCAGCUGCUGUGCCUGCUGCUCAGCUUUGUGGAUCUUGCCGCUGGACAAAACGCGGCUGCUGUGGCCGCUGCCGUUGCCGCGGGUCAAAAUCAAUCGCAGGUCUACAUAACCGAUUCUUGCCUGGAGAAGCCCUAUCGCUGCCCGCAUCCCAAGAUCCAGUUCUAUUUGUAUACGCGUCGCACACAGGAACAGCCCGAAUAUCUGGACGUGCUGGAUCCCAAUGCACUCUACUAUACGCACUUCAAUCCACGCCAUCCCACCAAGAUCAUCAUCCAUGGCUUUGGCGGCGGACGUGAGCUCAGUCCCAGUCCGGAUCUGCGCGAGGCGUACUUCACCAUUGGCGAGUACAACAUCAUCAUUGUGGACUACAGCAAUGCGGUGAAGGAGCCGUGCCUCAGUCAAAUGGAGUGGUCACCUCGCUUUGGCAGCCUCUGCAUCUCCCAGCUGGUCAAGUAUCUGGCACGGCAUCCACGCGGCGUUCAGCCGGAUGAUCUGCACUUUAUUGGCUACAGCGUGGGUGCGCAUAUUGCGGGCCUCGUGGCCAACUAUUUAAAACCCGAGGAGGGCAAGAUCGGACGCAUUACGGCACUUGAUCCCACCAUAUUCUUCUAUGCGGGCGCGAAUAACUCACGCGACUUGGACACCAGCGAUGCGCAUUUUGUGGACGUGCUGCAUACAGGCGCCGGCAUACUUGGCCAGUGGCAUUCCAGUGGCCAUGCGGACUUCUAUGUCAAUGGAGGCACCAGACAACCGGCGUGUGUAGGCUCAGCCACGUUGUUUCAAACCUUGGCCUGCGAUCACACAAAGGUCACGCCGUACUUUAUCGAAUCGAUAACAACAAAGCGCGGCUUCUAUGCGGGACCCUGUCCCAACCUAUUUACCUAUCUGAUAGGCUGGUGCGAGCCCAAGGAUUCGGAUUAUGUGCUCAUGGGCGAGCACUGUUCGCAUAAGGCACGUGGCAACUACUAUGUAACUACGAAUGCGAAGGCGCCCUUUGCCAGAGGAUUUCCGGGCAAGGGGCGCUCCAACGGCGAGUACCAGGGCGUACGGCGUUAAUGGACUAGACGACUUGAAUAUAAUUAAGUUCAGUUUUAUGCUGUAGCACUCAUGUGAUUUUAGUUGUUGUUUCCUAAUUACGUACUUGUAUUUAUUUCAUUUGUUUUUGCUUAGUUUUUAUUUGCCGCCAUCGUCGUUGAGG